AUGACUGAAUUAUCCUUCGCAAAAUCAUUCCUCACCACCCUCGACUCACGGCCGAACAAAGUAUCUCCAGACCAUAUCGAGGAUCCAAGGUCGUAUCCUGCUCGCAGCGCCUUCAUUCUCCCCAAAUCCCAUGGCCCACCCUUCCCCAAACGCCAAAAGACCACCGAAGGCAAUGUCUCCUCCCCUCACAGCAUAACAGUAUCCCUAAAAUCGUUGCGCAACCCUCCGUUCGACGUCACUCUCCGCUCCCAAGAUCUCAACACCUCCGUUCUAGACCUCAAAGAAGCCCUCAGCUCCCAAACAAACAUUCCAACCAAAUCUCUGCGCUUACUUUACAACAAAAAGCCUGUUGUGGAUAGUAAGAUUUUGAAAGAUAUACUAGGAGAUGCAGGGGCGAAGGGUGGAAAAGCCGAGUUCAGCGUUAUGGUUAUUGGUGGUGCGGCGGCGGUGAAGAAAGAUGAACGAGAGAGCGAGCCAAUUGAGACGGGGAUGGGGAAGGGGAAGGAAGUUUUGAAGACGGACGAGUUUUGGAACGAUUUGAAAGGGUUCUUGGUGCAGAGAUUGAAGGAUGACGAGGAGGGCGAGAGGGUGUGGGGUGUUUUCAGGGAGGUUAUUAAGAAGUAA